AGUUGCGUAUUUCGUAGCUGAAAUAAUGGGCUUGAUUUCUUCUCGGAGUCAGCAAGUGGGUCAAGAAAAGGAGAUGCCAAGUGAAUGUCCUGUUGGGAAAAGUGAUGGAUGUCCAAUGAAUCAUGGAUACAAGAACCUCAGUCCAGACAAUCUUAUGCCACCCCCUAACCAACUCCCAAGUCCUGGACAACCUUUCCCACUGUCCACUGAACGCGAAUUGUCUUCCAUUCCAAAAGCAGAUCAGUCUGGUGGUGAAAAAUGGAUAUAUCCUUCACCUCAAAUGUUUUGGAACGCUAUGCUUCGUAAAGGUUGGCGUUGGCGAGAUGAUGAUAUCAAACCUGAAGAUAUGAACAACAUCAUACGCAUACAUAAUAUAAAUAAUGAAUUAGCUUGGCGUGAGGUUUUAAAAUGGGAAGCUCUACAUGCUAAUGAAUGUAUGACACCGAAAUUGCGUCGUUUUGCUGGGGAUGCAAAAAACUAUUCUCCAAGAGCACGUAUUCGUCGGGCCAUGGGGUAUGUACUGUUUUUGUGAACAACUGUAGGUCAUUUUCAUAACCAGUAUUUACUGCUCAAGAUAUGAAGUUCACUGUGUACACCUGGUAAAUGAACGAAAGAUAAAAAUUAGUAAAGUUUUUAAAUAUUUAUACAUUCAGAGAUAGUUUUGCAUCAACCUAAAAGCUAGUAAGUCCAAAAAGCAACUGAUAAUUGGUUUUCGAAUGAAGUCAUGGUUUGGCUAGGGUCGUUGGCUUGGAGGUAAAGGAGUUCAAGGUCUCACCACUAAGUUUCAUAUUCAUACCUGUUCCUAUCUACUUUGGUUUAGGCAACUGGACAGUAUCAUUACCCCUCACAUUUAUAGGUUAAUACUAAGCACACAAAUCUCUACCAUAUUAAGUCUUUUUUUGGUUACAAUUAUUAUGAUAAGGGUUUUUGGUGGUGAGUUACUUUUGGGCUGUUAAAAUGGGGACAGUAAAAUACUGAUAACUCCUUACGAUACUCAACUUAUCAAUGUACGAUUUCCGAAAACGAUAAACUUUAUCAAAGGACAACACAAACUCCAUGAGACUAAGUUUUUAUUAUGAUCAUCAAAUAGCAUGGUGAUGCACAAAGUAUUCUGAAGCAAAGGUGAACAUAACAAAAGGGUCAUUUGACAUGUAGGUUAUUCAAAAAUACUAGUUUCAUAGGUCAUUCUCAUGCUAAUGAAAUUAAAACUUGACUUUUAGGUUUUAUUCUUGGUCUUCAUGCCAAAAAUUUGGAUAAAUUCUUUAGUUAGCUUUGUUCUAAUGGUAGUUAUUUUCGACAUUAAUUUUGCUAUAUAUCUUUGAAUAAAGAAGUUUACCGUUGUCUUUUAACCUCGAUAUCAUUAUAUGAAACAGUAUCACUGUUUUUAACCAGUCGAGCUGGCUUAGUGGUUAAUACCUCCGACUCUAAACCAGGUCCGAAGCCUACUCCAAUUGAGUCAGCUGGGUUGUAACAUAUACCCUUCACUUAGAGUGUGGCUCAUACCCAAGUGCCUGGUGAGUGAGCUGAUUAAAUUAAAUAAUAUUAACUAAAUAAUAAUUUUAUAUUCUGGGUUCGACUUCUGUCUCUGUUUUACGACACUAUGAUUGUUCUCCAGUAGCUGAUCCUGUUUUGCAAAAGAGCUGACUUAUGGUAUCAUGUAAGCUCUUAUAAGAGUUUGAAUUUAUUUCAUCUUCAAACCCUGAUCUUUCCUAUUACUGCUUAUACUUUUACAACCUCUACCACUACGAGAUUUGAAUCGACAAUUGUAUCUCUGUGUUAAUGUGGUAUGGCAACUUCAACUGGUGUAUGUACGUACUAAGUUUUACGUUGUUGCUGACUGAUUUGAAUUUAUUAUAGUGUUUCAUGCGGCAGUCAAUCACUACACAAGUCAAUGUAAUCUCUGAUUUUUUUGAGAUUGUUUUCAAUUUACACUUGUAUCAUCUUUUUACUACAUGCCAGAUGUUUAGUGAAUGGACACAAAUAUUAUAAAUGUCAAUUGACAGAAUUCGAGAGAUUUUUUGUACGAUGCGUACACUGUGAAUUACUAAGGUAACAAUCAGCAUCUCUUUUUUUAUUGUGAAUCUAAUUCAGCAAGAUAAUUGUACCUAUGCAGUAAGAAUAGUUUGAACUACGUACGCAAGGUGAAACAAUGAAUGGAGUUUGUUGUUAGUGACCUUUAGCUUGGAUUUUUAUUAUUAUUUUUCUUAAAAUUGUUCUGAUAGCUAUAUGUAGGGAAAACUAAAACAUAAAUAAGUUUUUUAUCUACUUUUUCAGUUAUGAGUUGCCUUUCGAUCGUCAUGAUUGGGUGAUCGAUCGAUGCGGUAAAGAAGUACGUUACGUAAUUGAUUAUUAUGAUGGAGGUUCUGUGAAUGAAGCAUAUCAGUUCGCUAUUCUGGAUGUACGACCUGCAUUAGAUUCAUUCGGCGCAUUUUGGGAUCGUGCUCUAGUUGCAUGGAUGCGUUUCAGGACUCCUGAUCCGCCGAAAAAACUCCAUUUAAAUGAUCCAACAUUUCCGAAAAAGAAUGAAGUGUCUUGAGUAUUACACUCCUAUUUAACCCACUUAACUCAAUGUUAUGUAUUUUUAUAGCCUGCAGAAAUAUCUAGUUUAGUUAUCAUUCGAACUAACUCGAAAGUACCCUUCCUGUAAGUGCACACAAGAUAGCUGUGAAUACAAAAUUCACUUGUACAUUACUUAAUGAAAUACAAAGUUCUGAUAAUCA